AUGUUGGCAUCAGGAUGUGGAAAUAAUAUAUAAAUAUGGAAUUUUUAAGAUAGUUAAAUGAAUGAAUUUUGUUUAUUAUAAGGUCAUUCUGAUGUUGUAAGUUGUUUAAUAUUUAGUAAAAAUUGUGAUAGUUUGAUCUCCAGUAGUUAUGAUAAUUCAAUUAGACUCUGGUAAUUAACUUAAGAAUAAGAAUGGAAGAGUUCUCCAUAAUAUUAAAAACAUUCAGAUAGAAUUCUAUGUUUAAUAUUAGAUAAAGAUGAAAGAACAUUGAUUUCAGGAAGUAAUGAUUCAACAAUAAAGGUUUGGUCUGUUGAUUUUAAUGAUUUCAAAUUGCAUUAUAGUUAUUCUCUGAUAAAACAUAAAAAUAGAGUUUUUGGAUUGUCAUUGAAUGCAUCUGAAAAUUAUCUAGUUUCUUGUGGUGAAGAUUGUUAGAUAAUUGUAUGGGUUAAAACUUAAAAUGGUAUUUGGGAAUUUUAAUAGAUUGUUAAUUAAUCAAUUAACAAAUGGGGAACUAAAAUAGCCUUUAUUCAAGAAAACGAAUUCAUUUGGCUUCCAGGUGAAUAAACUGGAAAUGAUUGUAUUUGCUUUUUUGAAUUAAAGGAUGGUGUUUUUCAAGAAUAAUAAGAAAAAGUAUUAAAAUUAUAAGAGAAUAAUCAAGUGAUUGAUUACAGUUUGUUUCCUAUUAUGGUUGAUAAUAGAAAAAACAUUAUUUUGUUUAGACAUAAAUUACAUUUUUAUUUGCUAAGAAAAAGAGAUCAUGGAAAAUAUAAGAUUAUGGCAAAACUUUAAUUUUUGCAUAAUUCAACUUUUGGAGCCAUAUCAAACGAUUCAAAAUUUUUACUAAUUUGGGAGGAUAGUCUAAAUUAAUCUUCGUUAUAUAGUAUUGAGCAUUUUUAAAUUUGA